AUGGCGAACCUGGCGAUCACCAUUCCGCGUUACAAGAUCUUCAACAACACGGAAGAGUCAAUCAAAAUACCCGCUUCACAUGUCCUGAAGCACCCAUACUUCGAGGAGCACUUCACCAGAGGCAGUAGUUCCAGGACCCGACAUCUUGAAACCGGUCGUUGUUCAUGCAUCAUCGACAUCGUCGCCGUUUUCCUGCGUGAUGACAGGUUCUACAAUCUGCACACCGGCCAGUGUCGAUGCAUUUGUAAGUCGACCAACUUCUUGGCCCGCGCCGUCGCUAUUUACGACUUCGCGAUCGAGUUCGAACUUCAUGCACUUGCAGAACUGGUCGCGGACGACAUACCCAAGUUUGCCGAGCGCAUGAAACCUACAGACGCCCUCUGCCUCAGGCUGAUGUAUGGUGCACCCGUGGCACAAGAGGCCGCUGGGACAUCUAGCGACUCUCAACUCUCAAAUCAUGAGAGUCUCCGUCAGGAUUUGGCUCGAUUGGUGAUGUCUACGGCUGAUGAGCCCAGCGUCGAUGAGAGCGGGGUCUGA